AAGGUGUUUUUCCGCAGUUGUGUCGCUGGGAAAAGCGUGAAAAUAAGUGAAAUUUGUCUCUAAGGAGCUAUUGAAGUGAUUUGUGGUGGAGAAUCUCAUCUGUGCGUGUGCAUAUUUGAGAAAACCGUGUCUUGAAUUCUGAGGGUUUGUCUCGCAGCAGCAGCGCCGCGGUGAUUGUGCUGUGAAUUUCCGGGCAGUCGGCCAGUAUCGGUCAAACGUAUUUGACAGCUGUCACGGGACGCCAUUACUACAUUUCGACAGUGUGUGAAAAGGCAAGCUGAAGGAAGAAGUUUUUCACGAAAUUUGAGCCCUUUCUCAGUGAUGUGGAGAGCUGAAAGUGCGUGAAAGUUGUGGAGAAAGACUCUGAGAUUGAUUUGGUGGUGAAUUGAGAACCAGCAGAGAUGUCGUCACUGCAUUUUGUGGUCCAUCCUCUGCCUGGCACCGAAGAUCAGCUCAAUGAUAGAAUACGCGAAGUUGCAGACAAAAUCAAUAAGUAUGGAUCGCCGACUCCGGCCGCCUUGGCCUCCCUCAAGAUCCCCGUGAAGCAGGUGGUGAUUGGACCCACGCAUCUCGGGCUGCUGCUGGAGGAUGGCCGGGCAUUUCGGGUGGCUUUCUCCGUCAUUCCCGAGCGCCUGGACCUGAGCAAGCAUGAACCGACGAAGAACAACGGCGGCAGCAGCGGCAUCGCCAACAACUCGUCGAGUGGGUCGAAGAAUACGCCGGGAACGUCGAGGCAGCUGGCCAGGUCGCGUGCUCGCAUCAUGCGCACGGCUUCUGUGCGGGGCGGAAGCGGCUCGCGCAGCACUGGGGUGAUCAUCGGUGGCGGAUCUUCUGGACGGUCCAUGGUGACGGUGCCGACGCCCUUCGUUCCGGAGGAACUCGUCUCGCAGGCGCAAAUGGUGCUCCAGGGGAAGAGUCGCAACGUCAUCAUCCGGGAAUUGCAGCGCACGAAUUUGGAUGUGAAUCUUGCAGUAAAUAAUUUACUAUCGCGUGACGACGAGGAAGGUGAAGACACUGAGGAAGGUGGUGAGAAUUAUGUUCCAGAGGACUUGAUAUCCCUUCUCGAUAAUGGAUUUCAUACAGACAACAGUAUCAUCAUCGAUGCCGAUGCGUCAUUUUCCGAGGAAAUCUUCGGUUACUCGAGUAUUCGCAACUUGUUAUACAGUCGUGUUCGCAACGAGAGGAAUCAGAGCAGCGGCGCCAAUCCCAGCGCCGAGGGCGGCAGCAGCCGGUCUGGUGGCGGAGCAGGCGGCGCGAGUGGCAGCGGCGGCGGCGCAAGUGGUGGCGGAUCCGGCUCAGGCGCCGGCAGUAGCUCGGGCGGCGGAGGGUCGGGCAGUGGCGUUGCGUCAGCCGACCGCGACUCGUUCAGUCGCUGGCGCGACAGGCACUACUUCGGUCCGCGCCGGUGGUUCCACACCACACGCGAGGAGUCCGCCUGGGACAAGGAGACCGGUGUUGCAGAGACGAAGAAGAAGGAAGUGGCCUCAGGACUGCCGCUGUGGAUUUCUGACGAACUGGAAGCGUGGCCAGAGAAGGAUUCCGCGCCGCGUUUCACCCAGAUUGCCUGUCUGCAUUCCGAGUUCAUCGGCGUGACGGCGAAGGGAGAGCUUCACCAGUGGCGCUGGGGAGAUCAGGAUCCCUACAGGAAUCUGGAGAACCCAAACAUUCAUCAUCCGAAGACCGUUGCUCUCAAUCUAACAUUUGAGAAGGUGAUUCACAUCUCAGCGACGUCCAUUCGCUGCACUGUGGGCACAGAGAGCAAUCGCGUCGCCACGUGGAUGGACGAAUUGCUUGGUCACGCUGGGAGCAAGUUGGAGCACGGUCCGCAGACACUGCCCGAUUUGGCGCUGGAGAAGAUUGUGUCGCUGCACACGUGCACGCUUUACACAGUGGCGCGCACGGACAGCGGCGGUCUCUACUGGUGGGGCGUUCUGCCCUACGGCCAGCGGAAGAGACUGUGGGACAAGUAUAAGGCGAAGACCAAGAAGCCGAUCAGGAACAGUGGGAACGCGCCGGAGGUGACUGUGGGCGCUCAGGUGUGUAUGAAGAGUUCGCCAAUGUACAUGCCAGGAGCCAUUGGGUUCACAAUCUCAAAUGGCGUGCCGAAAGUGGGACAAUUGCUGAACGCUGCCUGGGAGUUUGCCGACACGUGUCGCUUCAAGUUGGUGUCUGUGCCGCUGCCGCCGAGCAGCUCGGGCAGCGCGACGGGGAUUCUCACGUCGAAUGAUCUCAAGGACUUGCCAAAGUCGAGCGGAAGUGGUGUGCCACAGACGCAGAACAGCAACAGCAACUCAUCAUCGAAGUCUGGGAACAAUACGAACAAGGAGACGGCUGAUAGGAUGGACAUGCCGCCGCCACCGUCUCCGGCUUCGAGCACGUGCAGUGACACAGGAAGUGUGACGUCGCACAAGCGGCAGAAGCGCAUGGCACCGAAGGAGGACACGGACAACAAGAAGGACGAGGAGCUGUGGACACUCAGAGAUGUGGUGUUCGUUGAGGACGUGAAGACUGUUCCCGUUGGGCGUGUGGUGAAGAUUGACGGCGCUUAUGCGGCCAUUGAAAUGCCGAGCAGCAACAGUGCUGAGCCCAAAGAUGAGGGCGACGUGUGGACAAAUUGUCGGCUGCUGAAGAAGGAGGAUCUGCAGGUGAUGAAGUCAACCAACACAUCAAGGGGUCCUGAUUGCUUCCAGAAGAUUCCACGACGAAUUGUCCUGUCGACACAACAGCAAGGCAAUGGAUCUCAAUUGCUUACACUCGCAGUAGACUCGAAAGGCAUUCAUGCCAUUAUGAAAACGGGCACAAAGUUGCACUAUUCUCUGUUCAAUCUCAAUACAGGACGACAGGAACAGGACAGUGUCUUUCCCAGCGACAUCAACUCAUUCUUGGGCAUUUCGCCUCGCAAUGUGUCUCUGACGUGCGCUUCUGAGUGUUCAGACAGUGUUUUGCUGCUGAGAGAUGGAAAUAGUACGAUUUAUCCACUGGCCAAGGACUGCAUGGAUGCUAUUCGAGAUCCGCAGUGGUUGGACUUUCCGCCCAUCAAAUGUGUCACGGCCUCGUCGCUCACACUUCCGAGUGUGGGCGUAAAUAUGAAGUCUCAAGUGGCGGUGAUUGUGAUGGUGCCUGAUAGACAAAUCCUCAUGCCGCGCAUCCUGCGCUGUGACUUCAAGGGCGUGAAAUCCAUUCUGACGCAGCUGGAGAGUGGCGAGUUGAAGGCACAGGUCAGCAACAUUUUGGCGGAGCGAUGCGAUGGGAAUAGGAAUAUUAUUCACGCGUGCGUGAGCAUGUGUGCUCCGUCGUCGAAUAAGGACAACGACCAAGACAUCUCGGCGAGUGGAUCUGGACUGGAGUGUAUCAAUAUCAUACCGAACUCAUUUGCUGGCUGUCGCACGGUGGGUCUGCGUGAUAUAAUGCGUCGGGCCACGCAUCGUGACAUGGACACGUCGGGGAAUAACAGUGGUUUGCAAGCUGGCACGGAAGAUAGCAACUUUAUGCCUGUGACUUUCUGGCCGCCAGAAUAUGAUCCCAAUUCGGGUGAUGAGGAUAGCUUGUCGGGCCUAAAUGCUGCAUCCAAUCAGUCAUCGAACAAAGGCGCCAUGUAUAUAUCGGAUGCGAGUGAGCGUCGGGAGAAUGCCAUUCCGUCGCUGGCGCUCAUGUGCUCCAGUCCAGCGCUGCAGCCGCAUCUGAAGCACUUGCUGAGCGGGAAGGAUGCUCAGGGCCAGACGCCUUUCAUGCUGGCGGUGUCAACACGUGCCUACCAAGCGGGAAAGAUUCUCUUCGACAUGAUAAUGCAGCUGUCGAAUGGCGAUGCCACGCUGAGAGACUCAAUGAUCUUCCCGCCCGGCUCGAAUCCCGACCAGUCACCGCUCUAUGUGCUGUGCUGCAAUGACACGUGCUCCUUCACGUGGACGGGCGCUGAUCACAUCAAUCAGGACAUCUUUGAGUGUCGCACUUGCGGUCUGGUGGGAUCGCUGUGUUGCUGCACAGAGUGCGCCAAGGUGUGUCACAAGGGUCACGAUUGCAAGGUGAAACGCACCUCGCCGACUGCCUACUGCGACUGCUGGGAGAAGUGCAAGUGUAAGGCACUAAUUGCGGGCAAUCAGACGAAGCGCUUCGAGUUGCUGUGUAAAUUGGCCACAGACACGGAUUUGGUGACACGGUUUAAUUCCCGCGGAGAGUCUAUUUUGUUGUUCCUCAUUCAGACGGUUGGACGUCAAUUGGCGGAACAGAGUCAAUACAGAUCGAGCUCGAGGGUGCGCAAUCCGGCGUCGAGUAAUUCGCGAAAGACGCCGUCAAUGGAUGUGGACAAUGACAUGCCGGAGCAUAAUUUGGAGCCGCCGCGAUUUGCCAAGAAGGCCGUCGAUCGACUGCUAAUGGAUUGGGCGGCGGUGAGAGCGAUGAUCAUGACGGGAGUGGAGCAGAAACAAGAAGUGCCAACAGCUGCAGCUCCUCAGCCAACCGCCGCUCGAUCUUCGGGCCAGACAAUUUACGAUGAGAUGGACAAUCAGUCGCUUUAUCUUCAGAGUCAGAGUGGGACAAAUCUCCUGGACAAAUUCACACACAGUCUCUUUGUGUGCUGUAAUCACGAGCCACUCGAUACACUCCUCAUGACUCUGGUGCGUGAGCUGCAGAAUGAUCGAAUUCCGGGACGAAUUGAUGAUGCUCAGAAGGUUGCGCGACGCUUCAUAAGAUCUGUGGCGCGUGUGUUUGUCAUCUUCAGCAUUGAACGUGUGCCGGUGUCGGACAAGCAGAAGGUGCCACAGUCACAAAAUCGUAACAUCAUGACAUGUCGCAGGGUGUUUCAGUCGCUCACGAAGAUUUCCAUUGAGGAAUUGUGCGAAACGGCAGAUGCUUUGAUUGCUCCUGUGAGAUCGGGUGUUGUGCGACCAACGGCGCCAUUUACACUCUCGCCCAGCAAUUCUGACAACUCUGACGAUGUAUUCUCCGUGGAGCCUCUGGCGCCGCCCACAACGCGUCACAGCAGCACAAUGUCAACAUCUGCAGUGGUGUCGCGAAUUGACAGUGAACAGCAGCCGAGUUUCAUGUCGAGGAUUAAUGUACGCUUGAGGGAUAUUGAUGACCAGAAUGAUGGUGAUGCCAUUGGCCAGGAUGACGGUGAAAUCUCUGAGCAGGACGAAGUGAUGGAGCGCGAUAGUCGAUCGAAUGUUCGUCCCAAUAAUGCCAAUAUGGAGGAGGAGGCGCAGGACGCUCUGGGACGGAAUGAGGAGGCUGCCCAAGAGGGUGAGAGUGACACGGAGUUCAAUUUUGCCGAGGCCGAGACAGAGAGCGAUUCUGAUGACAACCAGAGCACACAAGAUGCCCAGAGGAGUGUGCAGACAGGCGCCACAGCGGGAUCAGAUACAGGUAUUGUUCCACGAAUCAUUAUACACAAUGAUCCAGAUGAUUCGGGAGAAUCGAGUCAGCCGGACGAUGAUGGAUCGGAGGAUGGAGAAACGGAUGAGCAUUCCCAAGAGGAUUUCACAUACACUCUCGGCGAGGAGCAAUUGGAGCGCAGGACAGCCUCGUCGGGAAAUCAGAGGAACAAUUUGGCACCGCAGAGUAUGCAGUGGGCGAUUAGGAAUAGAGAUUCCAAUCGAUCUUCAGGCGUGCGACUGACUGCUGGUGGAUCGAAUCUCGUAUUUAUCGAUCCCACCGCGCUGCGAAGGUCCACAGCGGCCAGUGCCACGCAGGAUCCUCAUCCUGGUGGCACAACGGCGAGUUGUCUGGCCAGGGCAUUCGGCAGUGUUGUCCGACAGAUAUCGGAGUUGCUCAACACACCGCCAGACUGCUUCCAGCAGACGCCACCGUUGCAGCAAGUGCUGAACUUCACCUAUCAAGACACGGUGAAGCUGCAGCGCUACAUUGAGGUGCGACUGAAGUCCACGUGGGACUGGAUAUUGACCGUGAUGGAUGCCACGGAGGCUCAAUUGAAAUUUGGUGCGUCGUUGACGCAUUCAGCAGACCCGUCUCACCCCCUUCACCCGCUCCAUCCGCCGCAUCAUCCACCGACCAGCGGCAGUGGCAGCGGAUCAAUAGGCGUGAGCGGACUUGGGAAUGAUUCUCAGCCAUCUAGGAGGGAAUUCCUCACGUACUGUCUCUCCCUCAUGCGUGCCCACAGUUCUGAGCAUAGAGACUCUCUGCCGGUGCUGGACAUAACAGCACUUCGCCAUAUAGCCUAUGUUCUGGAUGCCAUUAUCUUCUACAUGCGCUCAGCCACUGAGCAUGAUCUGGAGAGGAAUGACGGCAAUGGGUGGAAUGAUCAGGAUGAGAAUGACAAUGAAGAGACUGAAGAUGAAUUGUCGUCGUCUUUGGGCGUGGAGACGGAUUCUGUGGAUGACGAUUUGGGACCAUCUCUGGGGCGUCGACAUGGCUUCUUCCAGAGAUCAGACUCGACUCUCUGCCUCGGGUGUCCAGCUCCGGAUCCAUUCAACACGCCAAUGGCUGAGGCACUUCCACUUGCCGAUCAGCCGCAACUUCUGCAGCCAAAUGCUCGACGCGAAGACAUGUUCGCCAUGCCGAAGCAUCAAGUGACUGUUCCUGCGGUGGGAAGUGAGCGACCGGGUGUGAAUUCACCGCUAGAAGUGCCGCCAACAAGACUGGGACUGUCGUCUGUUGGCAUCAACACGACACCAGCUUCGCCGGGAUAUGUUGAAGUGAUUCCCGAGAUGAUGCCAACGGACGAGAUCAUCGCCGAGGAGUCGAUGAGUCAACAAGAGAUGCCCAAAGUGGCGACUGAGGUGGAGAAGAUGGUUGACGAUGUGAAUGAGAAUGCCAGUCUUGUGCCUAUCGCGGGCCCCUCGAAAGAUCCCCCACCGCCACCGGCUGAAAACCCCCUCACAGAAUUCCCCAGCAAUGUGUAUGUGCAUCUGAAGAAGCGGAAGUACUAUGAUCACUUUGCCGCCGAAGAGGCGAAGACACAGACUGACGAGGAGCCUCAGGAUUUGUCGUGCUCCAAGGAGAGCCUAACGAAAAUGGAUGUCGAUACGGAGAAUGAUGCUGUCAGUGAUUCAGACUCUGAAUCUGAGACAAAUCAGAAGAUGGCGGAAAGAGAGGAAUCUCAGGAUCAAUCUCAAUCAUCAUCGUCAGCAUCGUCAUCCAUUCGUCCGCAAAUUAUUGUGACGCCGAGGAAAAUGGCGGCCGCCAUUGAGUCUGUGACGGCCAAUGUGUUGGCGAAGAACAAGAAGGCCAGCCUUGCUGACUGCGUGUCUGAAGUUCCUAUCACUCUUCUGCCCACGACAUUCUCAGUCUUUGACAUUCAGGGAAGUUCAUCGUCUGUGCCAGCAAAUAGUGCUGCCGGACCGAGUGGAUCGCCAUCGAAGAGUGUGAUUGUGCGUGCUGGCUCAUCGGCUUGUUCCAAUUCGAAUGAAGUGCUCCAGCAGCCAGAUCCUAUGGAGACUCAGGAGAUCUCAGCUCAUGUCACUGUCGAGACAACGCCAUCAGUUCAGCAACCAAUGCAUCACGAACUGCCGCCGCGUGGUCUGUACUUCAGAUCGAGUGUGGCCAGUCAGCCGAUAACGUCGGAUCUUCUCCUGGGCCGAUGGAGAUUGUCUCUGGAUCUCUUUAGUCGCGUCUUCAUGGAGGAUGUUGGCCUCGAGCCGGGCAGCAUUGUGUGCGAAUUGGGUGGAUUUCCCGUGAAGGAGGCGCGCUUUCGGCGUACAAUGGAGAAAUUGCGCAAUAGCCAACAGAAAGACUUGAUAUUGCCGAAGAUGGAGAGAAAUCGCACGAGUUUGCUCAUACAGACAUUUAAGGAGUUGAACACGCAGUUCGGCAACCAGACAAGACGAUUACAUCCGUCGAUGAUAUUCAAUCGUGUGAAGGUGGUGUUCAACAACGAACCUGGCGAGGGUUCAGGCGUGGUGCGCAGUUUCUACACAUCGAUAGCCGAAGCGAUAUUGGCGAAUGAGAAGUUACCGAAUUUGGAGACGGCGCAAGUCGGUCCAAGUAAGUAUUCUGUGCCAUUUGGUUCGAUGUUGAGACAUCGUGGUGUCGCAGGAUCUUCUGCACGAGAUGCAGUGCCAACGUCGGCGGCGUCAACGUCAUCGGCGCGUCGUGUGUUCUCCAACAAGUCACUCUGGCGUCCUGGCCGCGAGACGAGGAAGACACUCAACUACGAUGCACGACCGUACACUCCGUUGUCAGCGAUGGGAGGCGCUGGAUCAUCGGCGGGCGGCUCAGGGAGUGCCGGUGGAGCGGGAUCCAGUGGCUCCAACUCUACUGAUCACAUCACCGUGCAAAUGGGCGAGCGUCUGUAUCCUAGAGUGUAUGCUCUGCAUCCCAAUCAUGCGGCCAAGAUCACUGGAAUGCUGCUGGAAUUGCCACCGACUCAGCUGCUCUUGCUCGUGUCGUCCGAGGAGACGCUGCGACAGAAGGCGAAUGAGGCGAUGGAUGUGAUCAUCUACAGACAGCGACUGGAGCCAGAAAAUUCCGGUGGAAGCUCAUCGGGCAAUGCCAACAUGGGUGAAUCUUCAGCAGGCGCAAGUGGAGGUGGUCAAGCGUCAGGAAGUUUCUCGCCGACAAAGAAGAUGAAUCCAAUUGUUGUGCUGGAAGAGUGUCAACUGGAUGAUUCAGCGCCGCUCUUCUAUUCACCGGGAAAGAGAGGAUUUUACACACCUCGUCAAGGGUGCGCCACUUACGAAAGGAUAAAUGCAUUUAGGAAUAUCGGACGACUGAUUGGACUGUGCUUGCUGCAGAAUGAACUGUUUCCCGUGUUUCUGCAGAGGCACGUGCUGAAAUACAUCCUGGGCAGACCGAUACGGUUCCAUGACCUUGCAUUCUUCGAUCCGGUGAUUUAUGAGUCACUGCGUCAUCUGAUUAAGGACUCGCAGUCGAAGAAUGGUGUGUCGAUUCUCAUGAGUUUGGAGCUGAACUUUGUUAUUGACUUGUGCCCCGAAGAGGGAGGCGGUUCGGUGGAAUUGGUGCCUGGCGGACGGGAUUUACAAGUGAAUGAGACAAAUGUAUACGAUUACGUACGGAAGUAUGCCGAGUUUCGUAUGAUAAAGGCACAAGAGAAGGCCCUCGAGGCACUGCGACAUGGUGUGUAUGACGUUCUGCCGGAAUAUGCAUUUGAUCGACUGACAGCGGAAGAUUUACGCCUUCUACUCAAUGGCGUGGGAGAUAUUCAUGUUGGAACAUUGAUUUCCUACACAAAUUUUAAUGAUGAGUCCAAUGAGAACAGCGACAAGUUGCUGAAAUUCAAGCGAUGGCUUUGGAGCAUUGUGGAGAAGAUGAGUGCGCUGGAGAAGCAGGAUUUGGUGUACUUUUGGACUGGUUCACCGGCUUUGCCGGCAUCUGAAGAGGGAUUCCAACCGAUGCCGUCAGUUAACAUUCGUCCAGCCGAUGACACUCACCUUCCCACGGCCAACACAUGCAUCUCUCGUCUCUACAUCCCGCUGUACUCCAGCAAGGCCAUCCUCAGGCACAAACUCCUGCUGGCGAUCAAGGCGAAGAACUUCGGCUUCGUGUAGAAGCUGUAGAAAAAGCUUCAGAGAUCAUUGAUGAUAUGAAGGAAAUUGUGAGUGAAAUUGCAAUCCCUCAAGAAUAUAUAGGAAAACAAAACAGAAUAAUAGAAAGGCGAAGAAGAAGAGUAGAUUGAUUUUAUUCAAUAAGGGAAAAAAGAAGAAUCAUAAUAGAAAAUAAUAUCAUAUUUUUCUAUUUAUUCAAUUUAUCAAUUAUCGUAUAUGUAAAAUUAGUAAUGACAUAUAUAUAUAAAUUUUGAUUGUUGAGAUGAAGUAAUUGAGCAACAAUGCAUAAAUUAAGCCACAUUAUGAUUUUGUUUCCUGUUUUGUUGGGACAUUAUUUUCCCCUUAAUAUAAUAUCAUAAUUAUUAUUAUUAUUUUGUCAUUGAAGUUGAAAUAUCUUUUGUACAUGUUAAAUCUUAUGUUUUUUUACUGUGAUUCAAUAUGGACAAGAGGCUCCUUCUGAAGGAGUGAUGCAUUCACAUGCAGCAAAAUCUCGAGCUGACUUCCUUCACACUUUAUUAUCUGUAAUUUUUUGUCUUUGUCAUUCGAUUGAGGAGGAAUUUUCUUUGAUAUUGAAUUGGAAUGAUUAUGAUUUCUCUCCCUUUUUGAUAUACAUAUUAUUAUUUACACGUCGAUUUAUUGGCUAGAGAUUUUUUUAGGGAGAAUUGGAUGAAAGGAGGGACGAAAUGCGUUUUCAACAUGAUAUAGAAGUAUAAUAACAAGGAAGUAGAGUAAUAAUGUAAAGAUCGUAAAUGUUUGACGGAAAAGAGUUUUCUGGAUGCAAAUGAGGAGAAGGAGGAGGAGGAGGAAAAAAUGGGUCACAGAGAACGAGAAAAAAAAACUCGGAAUUUAGAU